UCACUCCCAACCCUUGAUAUUGUGCUAAAAUGGACUGUUCCAUAGUAAUGUAUUUCUAAAUUUAGCAACGUUUAUUGCGAGGGAUAGUAAUUGCUGCUGACCAUUUUCACGGUGAACUCAGGAUUGUAAGAUGUCGUUAAUUAAUAAGAAAGAGUUACAAGAACAGUUUUUGUUAGAGAACAGGUAUGGCUUAAAAAGUAGAUCAGACCAAGAAAUGCCAUGGCCGCGCAAUACAAUACUUCUCUAUUGCUUGAAGACUUACGAGGCACCAAAUUCUGCAGCUGUACAAGGUAAACCACGACCAGGAUGCUCUUGCAAAACUGAAAAUUUGCCAGUCUGGUAUAGAUUAGAUAAUGAGUCAAGGAACUACAAGCUCGAGAACGGAGAAACGAAAGAAGUAGAUGCUGUACAUGCCGAGGUAAAAAUGGCGAAGCAAGUUAUAGCUGAGUUGGGCAAGAUGGAUCCAAAACCUAGAAAAAUAGAUGUAGCGUUAGUAGGAAGUUAUUCCCCUUGCAACGAUUGUGCUGAUGUUCUGAUUGACUUGAAGAAAUAUGUGCAAGAUGGUAUGAAUAUUAUUUGUAAUAUUAAAGUGAAGUUUUCUAGCUUUUAUAAUUGUCACCUUUCCGACAAAAGCAACAAUUUACCAGGAUUAUGUAAACUCCUGAAGAAUUCAAUAUCUUUGGAGACAUUUAGUGGCGCGGACGACUGGAAUUGGUUUCUUAAAAGCGUCUUGAAAAUGUCUGUUGACAUUGAUUCGUUGAUUGGCUUGUCUGAUGGACGAAAGGAACGCGAGGCAGUUGACGAUGAAAUACUGCACGGCAUAAAGUUUCAUAUGGAGACAGACGGCCGACCCAUGAGUGUACCAUUUGGCAUUGGUAAUUCGGCUACCUUGAAAGACGCACAGUUUGCAGUGAAAGACACCAAACGUAACAUUGCUGGAGCAGUUAAUGCAGCUGCCAAUCGACUUAAGAACUUGGAUAUUGAUAUUAAAACUAAUAAUGAAAAUGCGUCUGAGGACGCCAGUAUAUCUAUUUGUAUUCCAUCAGUAUAUGCCACUCUUGAACAACUAUCAAAACCAGGUUUCAUACGAAGAGCAACGAAGAGAGGUAAUAACGAGAGUAAUGAACAACAACAACAAGAUAAGACUCAGAGGGACAAUGGUCAUGAGGAAAACUACAGACAAAGGAGAGGUAAUCGGGGGAAUGGUAACAGGUAUUCUGGAAAUCGACAAAGACGAGCACAUGGGUACAGGGGACAAGAGCAGAUAGUGGACAAUUAUGAUGAAGUAGAUAACGGACAAUUUGUGGGUUACCAACAAAAUUACCGGCACCAAGGUAGAUCAAACAGACAUCACCCUAUGUGCUAUGAUCAAGACUUUGGUUAUUGACUAAGAAAUAUAGUCAUUUAGUGAACAUGAAUUCAACUUGUGUCAUAUCAAGAGAUCAAAGGGAAACAUAGUGGAUAAUUUAGAUUGUUGAUUACACGCAUAGAAAUGAGGAGAGACUUCUUUUCUGUCAUUACUUUUUAAUGCAUAUACAAUAUAAAUGAAAGAAAUUAAUAUUGCCUAAUAUGUGUCCGUGCCUUGCUGAAAGAGAAAACGUAUUAUUCGAUGUCCUUCACAGGUUAUCUUUAUUGUUUGUGUUGGUUUUUUUUGUUACGGGGUCCAGAGAAUGGUCACAUAUCAGUAUUAUGUAGUAUUAUUUGUUGCUUUAAUUUUGUUUUAUUAUUCACUUGAUUAAUAUUUGUUAUCGUUUAGUAUUAUUGUUGGUGUAAUGUUUCUUUAUGUAUGUAAAUAAAUUUCAGUUAUUUUGCAGUAAACUGUUGUUUUAAUAGUCUAAUCAAGAAAUCUUUAAUAGACAUGACAUUUGCGCUAUACAUCGGUCAUUAUUUAGGUACAUUAAGUUUUUAUAAAGUUCAAAAGUACCUCUUGGACUAGUUUUCUUCCGCUCGAGGUAACAACAAGUUUGACCUAUUAAUACCGUAUAAAUGAUUCUGCAUAUCGUGAAUAAUUAACCUUUACAAUAUGUUAAUAUAAAAUAGUGAAUCCUAUUACAUGUAUGUUCCCGGUCUUCUGUGAAGUUGUAAAAUUUGAACAUUUUAACAACCGUUUUUUUUUCAGUCAGCGAAUAUUGAAAACUAAAUAGGUUUUGAUAAAACCUAGAUAUUUCUUGCCGGCGUUAACUUGUAAAAACUUAGACAACAUCUCAUAUAACAAAUGACAAGAUUAUUAUCAACAAAUCGGUUACGUAUAUUUAGAAAACAAGCCAUG